AUCAUUCACUAUAUCCUUACAGGAGUUACAAAUACAAUACCAAAAUGGCUCCCAGCGUUUCCCCAGUUGUAUGUACUCUGAAAAUUAGUGACGCCUUCCGAGGGAAGUGAUAAUGGCCUAACGCUUACUAACACUCCCAGCAAAGAAUAAAAAUCACACUCAAAAUGGCAAUCAGCCGCCUCCGGUUCACCCAGACCAAGGAGACGGCCAUUGCCAAACAGCUGAGACGCCAAAUGGCAGACUUGCUCGCGCAGGGCAAGGAGUCCAACGCCAAAAUCCGGGUAGAGAACAUUAUCCGACAGGAUAUCCGCGUCGAGUUGUUGGAAUACCUCGAACUCUACUGCGAAUUACUCUCGGCCCGCGUGGGCUUAUUGGAGCAAAAAGAGUGUGACCCCGGCUUGGUGGAGGCGGUGAAGACAAUCAUCUAUGCCGCGCCGCACGCGGAAAUCAAGGAGUUAAGCACAAUCAGAGAGCUCUUGAUCCACAAGUAUGGCCCUGAGUUUGCCAUUGCAGCCAAGGAAAAUGCUGAUGGAGCUGUGGCGCAACGCAUCGUCGACCGAUGCCAGGUGAAGGCUCCGUCCGAAGAGUUGGUGGUGUUAUACUUGACAGAAAUCGCGCGUGCCUACGACGUGACCUUUUCCGAAGCGGUGGUCAGUGAAAAAGAAGCAAGUGACGAUGAGGGGAGCGACGGUGGCGAGAAGGAGGAGGUGCCGGCUAUCGAAAUCUUGGAUAUCAAUGACGAAGAACCUCCUAGAACAUCCGUGGAGAGGAGAUUAUCCGGGUUGGAUCCCAAGUCAAUUACGCCAAUCUCCGUCAAGCCGCCCGCAAAGACCGUAGACAACAGAAAGCCCGAAGUCAAAGUGCCAAGCGGAGUCCAGGUGAGAAGAGUCAGCACCAACGAGCCGCAGCCCAAGAAAGCCUCCGCGGAGGACGAUUUUGAUUUGUUGAAGAAGCGGUUUGAGGCGUUGAAGAAGAAAUAGAGGGGAGGACGGCAUACAGUGCUUCAGCCAUAGACUGAAAUGUAAUUUACGGGGAUGUUCAAACUGCCUAGUAUAUUCCUUUGUCGAGAUGUAGGGCCAUUUCAAAGUUGAAGUGUCGGAGGGUGUAGCUUGCAUGUUUAUCCCGGGUCGGCUAAGCGAAAAGCCGGUGGUGACUAAGCUUAGGUAAAGUAUCAUUCAUGUUCUCACGGCGACGAAUUCCUUCCGGGGGACUUCCGCGAUCGGACGUUUUGGCAGGGAGGUCUAGUUGGUGACUGAAGUUUCAACCGAGUGCGCGACUGACGUGUAUGGGUUUAUUUUGUAAAGUCGAAUAGAUCAAAUAAAAUGU